AUGGACCGCGAACAGUUCAGAAAGGCUGCCUAUGCUGCGGUAGAUGACAUUAUAAAUCACUUCGACAGUCAGCCAACUCAACGCGUCGUCCCGACAAUUGAACCCGGCUACCUGCGCCCGCAAAUCCCCGCACAGCCACCAGAUGAGCCGGAAGAAUGGUCGAAAAUUCAAGCAGACAUCGAUUCUAAAAUUAAGCCCGGGUUGACUCAUUGGCAGUCGCCUAAUUUCAUGGCUUUCUUCCCUGCCAUUGUCACUUAUCCCAGCAUUCUGGGAGAGAUGUACUCCGCUGCCUUCAAUGCUCCCGCAUUCAAUUGGCUUUGCUCACCAGCUUGUACCGAACUAGAGACAAUUGUAAUGGACUGGAUGGCGCAGGCAUUGGGACUUCCAGGCUGUUUCCUGAGUACGUCAGAGAACCGUGGAGGAGGUGUUAUUCAGGUUUCCGCCAGUGAUGUUAUCGCGACAGUUAUGGUUGCAGCCCGCGAGCGACGUGUGUUUGAACAGGCACGGGCAGAAGGACUGAAGGAGGGCACGAUAGAGUUUGAGGACCGAUUGAUGGAACUGAGACCACGAUUGGUUGCGCUCGGAAGCAAUCAGGCGCAUAGCAGCACUGCCAAAGGCGCCCUUAUUGCCGGCACACGCUAUCGUAGCGUCACCGCAAAGCUGGAGGACAAUAUGGAGAUGACCGGGGAUGGUUUGCGGUCAGUGUUGGAACAGUGUGACAAUGACGGGUUAACACCGUACUACAUCACUCUCGGAAUGGGCACGACCAACUCCUGCGCUCUUGAUAGAUUUGCCGAGAUCAAGGCUGUCCUUCGCGAAAAGCCCUCAUGGCAGCGGAUCUGGGUCCACAUUGAUGCUGCCUACGCUGGCGCAGCUCUGGUGGCUGACGAAUGGCAGUUCAUUGCCAAAGAGUUUGCCGAAGGGGUGGACAGUUUCAACAUGAACAUGCAUAAAUGGCUUCUGGUCAAUUUUGAUGCGAGUCUUCUGUUUGUUCGGAAUCGGAAUGACCUUACCGAUGCCCUUGACAUCACCCCAGCCUACCUACGUAACCCUUAUUCCGACGCUGGAACAGUUAUUGACUACCGGAACUGGUCGAUUUCGCUAGGUCGCCGAUUCCGCGCCUUGAAAAUCUGGUUUGUUGUGCGCAGUUAUGGUGUUAAUGGAAUGAAAGCAUUCAUUCGAAGAACCAUUGGGCUUGGUGAAAUAUUCGCAGAUUUGGUGCGCAGUCGACCCGAUCUGUUUGAAAUAGUCACGAAGCCUGCGUUUUGUUUGACUGUCCUGCGAGUGAAGACCCCGAAUGCUGCAGUAAUGAAUGGUACAAUAGUUCAACCAGAUGAGAAAUCCAAUGCACUUACAAAGGAAGUGUAUGAACUCAUCAACUCCCGUGGUGAAAUAUUCAUCACUUCAACAGUGAUUGCGGGUAUUUACUCCAUCCGCGUGGUGAGUUCGAAUGAAGCAGCCGACGAAAAGCAUAUCCGUCGAGCGUUCGAUAUUCUCGUCGAGACAACGGAGGAAGUCCGACAACGACAGAAUUAG